AUGGCACACUCUGUGCAAAUGUUCGACCACCUUGAUAAUAAGGUACUCCUCGCCUGGUUCCAGAUGGAGCACCCAAAAUUCAUGGUGCACGUCUUUGACCACUCAGGGAAAGACAUAGCGGAGAAAACAGCAAUCACAGUGGAGCGUCUGAAAGCCUGCAUCUCCAUCAUCACAGAUUUUGUCCACCAAGGAGCCCACCAGUCUGCGUCUCCCCGCCUCAACCCCAAGAUCUCUGAAGAAGCCAAGGAACCGAUCUUAGACCAACACAUAUGGUCCUCUAUGGACAUCACCUUCGAGGUGCUACCCUUCAAUUGCCCCAACCCCCCAGAACUACUUUUCUGCCUAUCCAGCUUCACCACAUUAGAUGCCAAUGUCAUUCACAAGACCAUUGUAGACGUCUGGGCGUAUGAUGACAAUAGACACCACAUUGACGGCAUUUUCUCAAUGUGUGGCUUCCCAGACAAUGAACUUGUGUACAAAGCCACCCGCGACCUCAUCCACUCAGUCCGCGUUGAAACCUCAGACUUCAAGAUCACUGGUGGCAUAUCAGUACCCUGCUUUAACAUCUUCGCAACCAGCCCCACAAACGACGCAAAAAUGUGGACAGAACUGCAAGGCUUCCUCCACAUCCUCGAGUACCCUACCAAUCUAGAUGGAUAUGCUUGGGCCCCUACUAUUUUUCUCCUUAUCCUCCUCGUCUCUGCCCUUGCAUCACACCCUUAUCCCAAUCUUGCUCUUGUUAUCCUUGUCAUCCUCGCAUUCCCCUUCGCUCUCUACCUGUCGCUCCAGCAGAGCCAGUACAUCUGGCCGGACCCUUUCUCUGAUGAAGCAUACCCAUGCUCCGUUCCACCCUCUGACUGA